AUGGGGAAGCCUCGCAUGAUUAUACUUAUUCGACAUGCUCAGAGUGAAGGAAACAAAAACCGCGAUAUCCACCAGACAAUCCCUGAUCACCGAGUAAAACUAACCCAGGAUGGGUGGACACAAGCCUACGAGGCCGGACGACGUCUACGCACUCUUCUCCGCGCCGAUGACACCCUUCACUUCUUUACUUCUCCAUAUCGACGUACGCGAGAAACUACAGAAGGAAUUCUCUCUACCCUCACCUCAGACGAACCCUCCCCAUCCCCGUUCCCCAGACAUUCUAUAAAGGUGUAUGAAGAACCACGGCUGAGAGAACAGGACUUUGGAAACUUCCAGCCAUGUAGUGCGGAGAUGGAGAGGAUGUGGCAGGAGCGUGCAGAUUAUGGUCAUUUCUUUUAUAGAAUUCCUAACGGCGAGUCUGCGGCCGAUGCGUAUGAUCGUGUUAGUGGUUUCAAUGAGAGUCUCUGGAGGCAGUUUGGGGAAGAGGAUUGUGCGAGCGUGUGUGUUCUUGUGACUCACGGACUGAUGAGUCGUGUUUUUCUGAUGAAAUGGUACCAUUUCAGCGUCGAAUACUUUGAAGAUCUCAGAAACGUCAAUCACUGCGAAUUCCUGAUUAUGCGAAAGAAGGAGGAUUCAGGGAAAUACAUCCUUGAGAAUAACCUACGAACUUGGUCAGAACUGAAGCGAGAACGCAUAGCCGCUGCGGCAACGAAGGAAAAGUCCGGCUCAAGUACCCAUCUAUCUGAAAAAGACAAGGAAAAGGAGAAGAAACUACUUGAUGCUGCAGCUGGAACUUCAUCGCCUAUACCAGUUCGUAAGAAGUGGGGAGGAUGCCCAAAUGGAUGUGAUCAUGGAAAACAUUACUACAAGAAAGAAAACUCCAUGCAUGCCAUGCAGCUCAAUGGCAAGCCACUGAAUCACAGCUCUCCUGGCACUUCACCAAUUGCCGGACCUGGCGAGUCUCUCGCCUCACGCCGUCCAGCUGCUCGCCGCUGGCAAUCGUCUAGCGAAGAAGAAGACGACCCUAGGGGCCGUCUGGGUCCCCCAGCUGUCGAUGUGCAAAGAUCAUUAGACGAAGUAAUUUCAAGUCCUGAUGGAACACCUUCCUUCAUCACGGUCGACGGUCGUCUACGGAACCACAUCCACUCUCCGCCCCUUAAUAAAGACACCCUUCUUGUACGAGGUGGUCGCGAUUUUGGCGGAUCUGCGUCUGGAAAUACGAGUCAGGCGGGCUCUGACACGGAAUUCAGCGCUGAAGAGGACGCUCGCAAGCGUCUAGCGAAUGGAAGAGGUUUCGCGCACCUCAAAAGCGAAAAGAGAGAACAGAGUGGGAUGAGGAAGAGCGCGAUGGCUGAUGCUCUGGGCGACCAGAUUGACGUCGGGAGUGAUGCUGGCUCUGAAGCGGAACCUGAGAACGAAGCAAGCGCGGAGCUUGAGGAAAGUUUGGUGAAAUUGGAGAAGGAGGAGAAGAGGGAUAAAAGUUUGAGAGGGAGUGUCUACUAA